AUGACGAUGGUGUUUUCGCACAAAAGCACAAUAAAAAAAAUUGGAAGAGUACGAAUGUAUAGAAACAUAUUCAGAGGCGUGAAAAUAGAAAUUACAAAUACGAAUAUUUAUCAUGAGGAGAUGAACAACUGCAAUCAAUUUUGCCCUCAAAAUGAUAUGACAGAAAUUAUUGCUUUCCUUGUCGUUGGAUAUGAAAAAGGCGAGACAUUUGCACAACUGAUGAAGCAUCAACUUCAGAAUUUUUCUCUUGUAUAA